AUGGCCCCUUCCCCCGAUCAGCUCCGCGAAAUCUUCAACCUCUACGACGAGGAGCUCGAUGGCAAGAUCGAUGGCACCCAGAUCGGAGCCGUGGCCCGGGCAGCUGGCCUCAAGAUCACCAACGCCCAGGUGAACAAGGCCGCCGGGGAGGAGUACAAGCGAGUGGGACAGAAGCGACUUCCCUUCGAAGAAUUCCUGCCCAUCUACGAGCAGCUGAAGGGAGAGAAGGCCCAGGGAGGACAGGCCGACUUUGUUGAGGGAUUGAAGGUAUACGACAAGGAGGAGUGCGGUAAGAUCCUCGGCGCCGAGAUCAGGCACGCCCUGAUGGCCCUCGGAGAGCGGCUGUCCAAGGAUGAGGUUGACGAGAUCAUGAAGGGUGUCGAGGACUCAGAGGGCAUGGUCGUUUAUGACCAAUUCGUCAAGAAGGUUCUCGCCGGACCCUUCCCCGACGAA